UGAGGAUGCUUUUACAUCUGAUACACUCAUCUGGAUUUUUGGCGAAACCUUCUCAGGCAAUGCGCUUACCUUAGUAGAGCUAGUUACAUUAAUAUCUAAUUUUCUCGAGAUGGGAGAGUCAGGA